AUGUCGGACCCUAUCACCGCUUCAAUACAGAUCGGCAUCUCAGCCGUAAAGGCCGGCGCAAGUAUAGCGCAAUGGUGGGAAUUACGCCAGAGGAAUAAACGCGAAGAACGGCAAGGCUCAACCUCGAGUGGAAGAGGUGCUGGGCUUGAUGAGAUCUACUUGGUCUUUGCCUCUUUGGGUCAGCGCUUAAUGGCACUCGACGUGGUCAACUAUGAUGCUUUACCGCAGGCCCUCGCAGCUAUCAAGGUUGCGAUGGACGUUUCAGAGGAUGAUCUCACUUAUGAAUUGGAGCGUCUUGAUCCCAUUCUUCAGUAUCUCAUCGCCUGCGGCUUCAUGUUCUGCGCCGCUUGUCACCCCAUGCCCAUCUACUAUGGAUACGGCUGCGGCGUUAUGAACGACACAAACUGGAGCAAUCCUGAGAAACCGACUUAUUGGAAUCUGGACAUUGACCAGGCCAUAGCCUAUUUGAAGAGUGUCCCGCACCCCUUUCAACUGCUCAAGAAAUCACCUUCUCGCAUUGGACACAGCGAACCGUACUACGAGAAGUAUGACAAGAAAGCUUUAAAAGCCGAGGCUGGGGUCGUUGCCGAUAUCUUCAAGCAGAUUGAAAAAGUCGGAUAUCCCCAGCCCCUACCGCCAAACGACAACAUUCGCAUCAAUACAUGGAGCAUGCCCUUCGCUACAUAUGGCGGUUCAACCAUGUUUGCCAACGUUGGCCACGACACUGCACCCAUCAUGACUUGGCAGCUGGACCCUGGGCGGUUCCUGUACGCGUGGACUGUCGGCGAGCGUGCUGACCUCCGACCGGGAGAGGCAGUUUUGGUGCAGGAUGAGCAUAUUGGAGCUUUGGCAUCUUGGCUAGAGGGAUUGAACGGAAUCACUUUCAAGGUGCUCUUGGAUUCAGAGCUUGACUGGUCUAAGCUCAAGCUCAAGUCUUCAACAAAGAAGUUUUGUAUGGCACAAUCUGGGAAUGAGUACAAUAUCCGAGGCAUCCCCGACGUUAUUGUGCGGAAUCCUGAUCCGACAGUGCUUUUGGCCGCGCGUCUUGAUACGCUUCAUAUGGUGUCGGUUUCGGUGCCUUUUACCAAGGCGAAGGAACAAGCUACGACUUCACAAGCACCAUCAUCUCCUACUCCGAGUUCUCCUCAGCCCGAAAGAGUGUUCAGCUCUCCACCUGCGUCGCCACACUCACAGUCUACCAUGUCCCCGUUUUCAAUGCCAGAAAAGACGGCCCAGACCCAGUCUCAUCGAGAACCCGAAGUCCAACCCAUGCUGCCAUGGGCCGACUCUAAGCCAACGACACCGAUUAGCCCCAACGUUUCUAUACCACACAAUGCGACGUCGGAUCCUUUCACUCCUCUUCCCAAAGGAUGGGAGUCGCGACUCACUCCUGAUGGACAGAUUUAUUAUGUCAACCAUAUGGAUCAAACCACGUCAUGGACUAAACCUGUUGCUCCCGUGCUUGCUCCUCUGCCGCCUGGAUGGCAGGAGAUGCGCACGCCAGAUGGGGUACCCUACUAUGCUGACCACAAUACGCACACGACAUCAUGGGAGCGACCACCGCCCGCUGAGCUAAUUCUACCGACGUACCAUUCCGUCAAUACGGAGUUUAAAACAGAACAGAGAACUCAGUCCUUCGGUGCAAGAAAGUCUGUAUCAGCCAGCACAACGAGUACCAUGUCCAGCGUGCCCUUUUCCGAUAAACGCUCAUCUGUAAGCAUGCAGUCGGAGGCUACAACAAUCGUGAGCAAUUCUCAACAAAGUCGCGUCAAGCUAAACAAUUACUCCAACCCUCAUCCGCAAAGGCCCCGACAAUUGCUCAACCCCUAUUUAUAUCCCGCACAGGGGAAGGCGACGUGUUGGGUAGCAGAUGUUCCCGUCACACCCGACAUCUAUCAGAAGCUACCAUCUGAUCAAUACGAGACGUCAUACAUCAGGCAUACCGCUCUUGCAGGUCAACCUACAGAUCUCAAGAAGCUAGACUUUUCUCUCCGCCAAAAGGGCCGCACUGAGCUUGUCAUCGGCUUGAACUUACACAAUGAGUCCACUUUCAAGCGUGAGGUCAUCAAUGCCGAGCUGAUAAAGUCUCUUGGAAGCAUUCUGGAAGUGCUGCGGACACACUCGUUCUCGCGGGAGUUUAGCGAAAGAUGCAACGGCUCGCCGCUGUCUGGCAUUGUUGUUUGCAUCCUGAUUCAUCAAGAUCGCAUAAAAGAUGUCCCAUGGCUGCGCCAGACCGGUAUCAGUUUCUUCUGGGAUAUUCCUUCGUCUGUGCCUCUUAGUGACAGUAAGAAGGCUAAUGGCCAAUUCUACGACGAUGCUCACAAAGCCACCCGCAAGAUCCUCGGCAAAGAGGUAAAGUUGAAUCUGAACGAGUAUACGACCACGUUUCAUCUGCAAGACUGGGAACGAAGUCAGGGAUUGAUGCCUGAUGUUGUCUCUGGUGCGGAUCCAGUACAAGUUGUGCUAUGCUCGACUUAUCGCUCAUGGACGGGAUCUUACGCUACAGACUCUUUCAAGCAUGUUUGCAACUUGCUCGAUGCCAGGUUGUGUAUUUCGGUUCCCGGUGGAACGACUGUGACUGGUGCUUCCCUUGAGAAACAAUGGCAGCUUUCGCAAUACAGGAAGAAACCGGCUGAGUCGGGGCAGGAUGCCCAUUGCGAGGAGUAUAUGGGAUGA